AGCCGGCAUCGUUGCCGUCGUCUCCUUCCCUGUGCUCCUUCCUGGCAUUCAGGUGUACGGUGUGUGCACGCGCUGGUGGCUUCUCAUUUUACCACAUUUUUCAUUUUGCCCUCGCCGCUGUUUAGUCAACAAAAACCCGUGUUAAGUGAUUUUUUCUCCGUGUAACACUGACAUCGAGAGCACCUUGUUAGCGGUUAGCCGCGCAGUUUAUCCAACAUACGCUGACCUUUACCGCCCGACCCAUUGCUCAGGCACUGCGCUCCCGUUGAUUAGACAAUGGGGAAUGGAGUGUCUGGUUAUAAUCGUUUUAUCUAUGUGGAAAUUCAUGGACGCACCGAAAAGAUCCUUUUCAGCCGGCAUAGUUCAUCGCGGGACAUCCAAGAAGUCAUAGCGCUGGCCGCCGGUGCAUCCAGCUGGACGGGGGUGAUGCUGAAGGAUAAAAACGGCGGAUUAAUCGCCAUUACGCCCAAUAUUAUGACCAACACGACCGAUACGCCUUAUAAGGUGCAAGUUGUGGACCAAAGAGCUCGACAAGGCAUUACAGAUAAUUCGGAAAUGUUGCAUACCGUUAUAUCACAAGUUGCGGAACAGUUUAAUCGUGUUUUCAAAACGGAAGAGGUCAAGGAAGAGAUCUCCAAACGGAUUAACGCGCUGGAAAAACGUAUGGAAAGAGAAGGCUUAAAGGUGGUGGAGAUCGAGCGAUGUCGGAAGGACAUUCACGAUCUACGCAAUCAGCUGCUGGAUAAUAAAAAUCAUCAUCACGCGCACCACGAUCAUCUCCACCGUAGCAGCACAUCGGGUUCAUUAAGCGAUGAUCGGAAGAUCGGGUUCAUUCAGGACAUGCCAACCUACCCCAAGUACAUCCUUUCUCGUGAGACCAUCGACUACCUGAAAAAGCCCACCUUCGACAUCUGGCACUGGGAGCCUAAUGAAAUGUUGAGUCUGCUGGAGCACAUGUACCAUGAGCUGGGAUUGGUCCACGAAUUCAACAUGAACCCCAUCACGUUGAAACGCUGGCUGCUGAUGGUGCAAUCCAACUACCGUAACAAUCCAUUCCAUAAUUUCCGCCACUGCUUCUGCGUGACACAGAUGAUGUACGGUAUGAUCCAUCUGUGCCGUCUGCAGAAUAAGAUGAGCCGUUUCGAUCUGGGAUUACUGAUUACGGCCUGCGUCUGUCAUGACCUUGAUCAUCCCGGCUAUAAUAAUGCGUACCAGAUUAAUGCCCGCACCGAGCUGGCCAUCCGCUACAAUGAUCAGUCGCCAUUGGAGAAUCAUCAUGCGGCCGUCUGCUUUCAGAUCCUCUCACAGCCGGAAUGCAAUAUCUUCUCCAAUGUCUCCGAGGAGAUGUUUAUUAAAAUCCGGGUGGGCAUUAUUUCCCUUAUACUGGCCACUGAUAUGGCGCGUCAUGCCGAGAUCCUCGAUAAGUUCAAGCAGAAUAUCGACCACUUUGAUUGGACAAAUGAAGACCACAUAACGUCGCUAAAGAUGAUCCUAAUAAAAUGCUGCGAUAUCUCCAACGAGGUCCGCCCCAUGGACGUCUCCGAUCCCUGGCUGGAUCUGCUCCUGGAAGAGUACUUUAAUCAAUCCGACCGGGAGAAAGCCGAAGGUCUUCCUGUCGCGCCUUUCAUGGACCGGGAGAAAGUGACAAAACCCACAGCUCAAAUCGGUUUCAUCAAGUUCGUCCUCAUUCCGCUCUUCGACUCGGUAGCGAAACUCUUUCCCCAAGCCGAUGCGGCCCUCUGUGAAUCGCUUCGUCAAGCGCAGCACCGCUACGAAAAGAUGAAAGUCGAAGAGGACACAAGGAAAGCCUUACUGCAGGAAAGAAAAGCUUCGACAACAGGCGCUUGAAUCCGAUAGCGCUCUGAUAAACAGUAACUCUUCCAGAAACCCCGACAAGAUACGCCAGCAUAUAUCCAUGAAUACACUGGUUUUAUUCGACAUACUGCUACGCUGUACAUUAAAGGCACACUGUGGUGUGCAGUGCAGAGACGCCGGCAUCGGCAUAUUUUAUCAAAGAUGUUAGAAUGCCGCUUAGCGGAGUUAUUCGUUGUACGUUAUCAAAAGCAUUUCACCUAGUUGUAUUCUUAGCACAAUUACUAUGUGGCCGCAG